AUGGCUCCGAUCCAGACAACCGUCACGCCUUUCCCUGUCGCCGAGGGAUCCGGCGUAAACUUCGGCGCCGUUGUUAGCAAUGUCGACAUCGAGCAGCUGACUGACGCCGAUUUCAAGAUCAUCCGCCAGGCCCUCUUCGAACAGCAAGUCCUCGUGUUCAAAAACCAAGGCCACGUCUCCCCCAAGGCCCAGUUCGAGCUCACUCAGCGCUUCGACCCAACCGCAAGCUCAUACGGCCACGGCAAAACCCUCGACGCCAAGCGCUCCAUCCUCCACCCCGACCUCAAAACCAUCCCUCACCAGCCCCAAGUCCAAGUCAUCGGCAACGGCUUCGUGGCCGAGUACGAAGGCCUGCACAACAUACAACUCCGCCACCCCCACCACCGCACCUUCCACGCAACCACCAUCCCGGAAGCCGACGACCUAGCCUACACGCGCUUCUACCGCUGGCACAUAGACGCCGCGCUGUACGGCCUAGCCCCGCCCGUCGUCACCUCGCUGCUCGCCGUCAAGGUGCCCAGCGGGCGCACUCAGGUGUGCCGCUACGACGACGGCUCCGGGGACGAGCUGGUUGUGCCGCUCGGCACCACCGCUUUCGCCUCGGGCUACACCAUGUACGACCUCCUGUCACCGGCGGACCAGGAGUUUGCACGCACCGCGAAGGUCGAGUACGCGCCGCACCCGUACGUGUGGAUGUCCGGCGCCAAGUCGCGCUCUGAUGGGCUUGGUAUGGUGUCGGAGGGCAAAGAAAUCCCGCUCGCGGACCUGCCGCCUAUCGAAGCCGACAAGGUCCAGAUCUUGCCGGUGUGCUGGCGUAACCCGGUUACUGGGCGGUUGGCUUUGCAGAUCCAUCCGUCGGCGGUGCGGGCGUUGCAUCUGGCUGAUGGGACUGUCAUUGAUGACCUGGCGGAGGUUCGGGAGAUUGUGCACCGCUUGCAGCGGCCGGGUAUUGCGCCGCGGUUUGUUUACCCGCAUGAUUGGGAGGAGGGCGAUUUUGUCCUGUUUCAUAAUCGUGGGUUGAUUCACUCGGUUGUGGGCGCGUUUGCCCCGGAGGAGGUGCGCUUGUUUCGCCAGUGCAAUGUUGCAGCGAGCCACUUUCCAGAGGGCCCGGAGACGGUCGAGACUGCUGUUGCUUAG